AUGCCCGUCCCGACAUAUCCCCUCCCUCAAUCUCUCUCACCUAUCCAUCUCUAUCGCCAUCUCCUCCGGGAAGCUUCGUAUCUUCCGCCCGCCUUCCGAGCCACCAUCGACUCAACCAUCCGGACUAGAUUUCACAAGAGCCGCAAAGAUGGCAUACACACCAAGGGCCGACUGGCAAAGGCCAAGUCGUCUCUUCGAACCUUGCGGGCUGCCAAUAGCGGCGACAAGAUUGCCAUGCAGAGCUUGAUGAUGAAGGGGUUUGGCAGAACCGGCAACAGAAGACGAGAGCUAAUGACGCAGCUUGUCAAACCGCAAGGUCCUAGCGACACCAAGGCCUUGGAGUCGUUGAUGGAUCAGACCGAGAAGUGCGACGCUCAAAUACAACCAGGGGCAGACGUCUCCAAGGCGAAGCCGGCGCGCAAGCCAAAGAAUAAUUUCUUCGAGAAGUGGGAUCAACCCAAGCUAUUAAAAGUCCUUGAAUCGCAGAGGCAGCACCAGAAAGAUACGAAAAGCACAACUAGCUGGCCCGGAACCGCCGUGAGAACAGUCGAUCCCGACCAAUUCGUCCCCAAGACCAAUAUAUGGGGGAAGCCGCCCGCGGAGAGCCUGGUGAGGGCCAAGCGAGCUCACUGGUGGAGGAGGAGUGCGGACAAGAUCAUGCCCCCGUUGGGUAAAGGAGAAUGGGACCUGUUGCAGCGGUUAAGCAGCGGUGCGCAAGCAGAAGGCGAAUGGACCGUGCCUCGGCGGCGGCAUUAUGCGUCAUCAGAGGUGCCUUUGCUCACGGAGCCGUCUCAGUGUUGGAGCUGGGAAUCUUAUGCCACAACGCCCGCCGCAAGAAUCGAAAAACCCAAGACAAUGUCUCGACAACGCCGGACGGGACAAUACGAUCUCGGUCCGUACGGUGGUCAUGAGCGCAGCAAGCAAGUCUCAAACAGAUGGUUCCGCAGAGCGUACAAUAGGACAUGGCAGCUCACCCCGAUUGUGGAACAGGAUCCGCACACGCUGCAGUACUCCCUCUGUUGGGGAAAUGCGACAUCCAAGUUGCCGGCUGCAACAAAAGCCCAGCAAGGGAUUUUCGAAAGCGUGGACAGAAAGGGAAACAAGAUUCACAAAAAGCCAGAUGCAUGA